GCUACCAGCAGAGUGAGCUAGAAGUUCAGCAAAAUUUGUCGAGUCGUCGUGGUGGCCGCGGUUUCAUUCAAGAGGCGCCAGUUUCCGUUCGCCGACCGACACGAAUUCGGGCCGAAAUAGUGCACAAGUGCGUCGGCCAUAAGUGAGCUUCUCAGGACGUGUCUGUCGAAGGGUGUGCAUUGCGAGUGUGUGAUGUGUUGGCUGUCACGGUGAGGGGCGGUGCACUCUCGUCGUCGGUUCUGUUCACUCUUGCAGCAGCACAGCAGGCUCGCUUCGCACUUGUUCUAUCACUUGCUCGCUGAAUUUGCGUAAUCACGCAUCCGUAGGAAGUGAUGGCUUCACGCAGCUCAGCGCAGAGGCCCAACGGAGCCACUCAAGGCAAAAUCUGCCAGUUCAAAUUGGUGCUGCUCGGCGAGUCGGCCGUCGGCAAGUCAAGCUUGGUGCUGCGUUUCGUCAAAGGACAGUUCCACGAAUACCAAGAGAGUACAAUAGGAGCCGCUUUUUUAACGCAGACAGUAUGCCUUGACGACACGACAGUCAAAUUUGAAAUCUGGGACACGGCCGGCCAGGAACGGUAUCACAGUCUUGCGCCUAUGUACUACCGUGGCGCGCAGGCGGCCAUUGUCGUCUACGACAUCACUAACCAGGACACUUUCGGACGCGCCAAGACCUGGGUAAAGGAGCUGCAGAAGCAGGCGUCGCCCUCAAUUGUGAUCGCCCUGGCUGGAAACAAGGCUGACUUAGCCAGUAAGAGAAUGGUGGACCUUGAAGAGGCGCAAGCUUACGCUGAUGAGCAUGGUCUACUCUUCAUGGAAACCUCGGCCAAAACAGCCAUGAACGUCAACGAUAUCUUCUUAGCAAUUGCCCAGAAACUUCCCAAGACCGACCAAGCAGCAGGUGGAUCUGAAGCAGCAAAAGGACGCAGACUUGUCGAGGGUGCAGAAUCUGCGCAAAGAGGGCCCAGCAGCUGUUGCAAGUGAUGUGGAUCCCUGUUGUGGUCCAAUCUUGCCUGCCUCCUCUCAUGUUUAUUAUUGGAGUUUUAGCUGAGGUGGAGGAGAGGCACGCGUCACCAUCACAGUCAUCUUCCAUUCACCUUAGCACUUUUCUCUCAUCGAACUGCUUGAGAAAAAACUGGGCUCAAUAUUAGAAGGGCAUUCGAUUCGCCUUGAGUUAACAUUCCUUCUGCCAACACAGCCGUCACGUUCCGUCAGUUUCAGUUUGAAUAUUAAAUUCACAUCGGACAGAUAAAGGGGCAGCUGCUAUUUCAGAUGAAGAGAUAAUGCCAGGUUAGACAAGAACGCGAGCCCAAAUUCUCCUAGUCUUUGAAUUUUGUUCAAACAUGUUGUUGUAUUUGCUAAAUUUUAAAACUCUAAACAUCAUCAAGCUGCUGUCACCUCUCCUUUCCUCCCCGCACUCCACUUUUCUAACGCUGUAUAAAGGCAAGAUUCUCUAGCACUACUCCCCCUGGAUAUCCAUCAUCAUAAUUAUAUUGUUUGUGUUACAAAAUAUUCCUCUGUGAAGAACACUUUGAUUGUCAGUGUGCAUCAUCUCAAGCCCUCGAUUCUGAUUCUGCAAGUCGCUUUAACACUUUUCACGUCAAUGUAAUUUCAAAUCAUGGAUAUUAUUUUGUACAUUUGAAAUUGAGGUUCACAUUGUGUAACUUUUUUAAUCCUACACAUGAAAAGGACUUUUGUCAAUCCUGGGUUUUACGUAGCAAAUUUAAUACACAAGUGCAAUACAGCUAGGCUACAGAAUAAAUUUAUGGGCAAUGAUAUAUUUUUUUUAAAUCUCAUGUUACGAAAAUUGAUUCUUUGAUGCUGCUGCGUAUCAAGCUGUAUUGAUUUAGGCAGAGUUAAACACAGGCAUUCUUAACAAUUCCUUAUUUUUUUCUAGAGCAAACUUGUUUAACUCAUGAUUACCCAAAACAUAUAUAUUAAAGUUAAUUGAAUGAAAUCAUCUAUUGUUUUUCAUGUGUAUUUAUCUACUUUUUAAGGUAUUUUAAGCACACUGGCUUUCAGCAGUAAAAUAUAUAAAGAUAAAUACAAGCAUGUGAAAUUGAGUACAUUGAAUGCCUGUUUCUGUUGUACAGGAAAAAUAAAAUUAUACUUAUAACAA